AUGAACGACAUCUCCAGCAUGCAGAAGAUGGGUGGUGGCGGCGGUGGCCCCGGUGUCCUGUGCAAGGUGUGCGGAGAUCGGGCUUCGGGCAAACACUACGGCGUUCCGUCCUGCGACGGUUGCCGUGGAUUCUUCAAACGCAGCAUCCGAAGGAACCUGGAGUACGUGUGCAAGGAGGGCGGCAAGUGUGUGGUGGACGUGUCCCGGCGGAACCAGUGCCAGGCGUGUCGCUUCGCCAAGUGUCUCCAGGCGAACAUGCGUCGGGAAGCCGUCCAACACGAGCGAGCUCCCCGGAACUGCGCCGGCCCACUGGCGGCGGUCAAUGCGCUGUCCGCCCACGGUGACUACUACGCAUCGAGGGCAUCCUUUUCGCUGCCCCAGACGAAUCUGUUCUUUCCGCUUCCACUGCACAUUACGGCGUCCGCAGCGGGAGGCUUCGCUCCACUCGGCGAAUCUGGCCGUUUCUUUUCCCCAUAUGCGGCCCAAUCAGCGGCGGCGCUUACCAAUGCUGCCGCCGCCAGUUCCGGCGGUGGAACGAACAACGUGUUCGAUCACUUCUCCCCACCGCCAUCGACCGCAUUUCAACCGAUCAGUUUGCCACAGCCACUUUCCGGCUCGAUUCAGGUUCCGGUUCCACUUCAACCGACCUCGUCGGGCACGCUGGCACCGAAGUCCACGUCGCACCACAUCGGCAAACCGACGUCCAUGUCCGAGUCCAUGUUCAACAGUAUCACCGGGGACUCGCUGGUCCUACCGGCACCACCUCCGAUGCACUCUAUCAGUUCAAUCCUGAGUCUCAGUUCGGCCAAAGAGAACGAAGUCAGCAGUACCGGCGAGGAACCGGGUGGAAGUCCGACGGGCAGAGCUCGCGCGGGAACGGAACCGACGACGCAGGCCUUCGUGAAAAGUGAAACCGACAUGCUGCUGGAAUCGGCCGCCAAGCUACUCUUCCUGGCGGUCAAGUGGGCCAAAACGGUACCCUCGUUUCUUCAACUGCCUGCUAGCGAUCAGAAGGUCCUCUUGGAGGAGGCCUGGGCGGAGUUGUUUGUCAUCACCGCCGCGCAAUGGGGACUUCCCAUCGACAGCGAUUUCAUCGCACGCAAUCCAUUGGCGGUCAAGCUGCAGAGUGCCAUCCAACAGUUCGGUGCCGCCCGUAUCGAUUACCGAGAGGCGGCCUGCCUGAAAGCACUCGUCCUUUUCCGGCCCGAUCAACCCCGGCUGUAUGCGGCCCACGAGGUGCUGCUGCUGCAGGAUCAAACCGUCGCCCUGUUGCACGAAAAGUGCGGUGGAGUCCGGCUAGGUCACCUUCUAUUACUCCUCCCGGCCAUAAAGGCCGCGGCUAACCCUAAGGUGCUGCAGGAGAUGCUUUUCCGGAAGACGGUCGGCGAGGUGGCCAUCGAGCGAUUGCUGCUCGAUCUGAUGAAAACAUAG